AUGGAAGAUUUUAAUUCUCGUCGAUAUAAAGUUAACAGAGUUAUCAAAAUAUUGAAUGCGAUAACUCUCGUGGAUGAUAAGAAAUUAUGUGCUCCAUUACCUUCCCCUCCACCUUCGCCAAAGAAUAACAAUAGUCCUCAACCUUCAACGAAUCCUCAACCUUCAAUGAAUAAGGAAUCCAUUUCUCAACCUUUAACAAGCGAUGAAAUAAAAAUUUCACAACCUUUGCCAAAUGACGUUAUGUCACCUUCUGUUAGUAAUGAGUUUAUACCUCUCAUUGUUAUGGCAGAUGUUUUAUAUUCAGAGUUUACCAAUUUGCUUAACAAAGGUCUUAGAACUGAUGCUAUUCUUGACCUUAUCUCUUCAAAUGAAAUAACAAUAAGUGAUGUAUUUAAUUGGUUAUUAAACAAUCAAUCAAAAACGGAAUAUAUCUGCCUUCUUGGGUUAUUAUAUUAUUACUAUAGUCCUAGCAGUCAAGAUUAUGAUAAAGCGUUGAGUUUAUUCUUUAACGCUGGAAGUGAUUAUGAUAGUGUUGCUCAGAAUCAUGUUGGUGAAUGUAUAGGUGAAGGUGUUGAAAUGAAUCCAACAGAAGCACUUAAGUGGCUUUCGAGAUCUGCGAGUAAUGAUAAUGUUAUAA